CGGGUUCAACCAAAAGCCAAACAGCACUUUAUUUAUCGUCCCAGCGGCUGAAGCCAUGUGGGAAAUUAAGCAAAAGGAUAAUGAUUAAAAAAUAGCUUCCGCAUUCUUAACCCGUUCAACCGUUGUCACUGAAAAGAAUUUGCCCAUUCUCGUGUGUGUUGUGCUUUUGAAAUUGGAAGGUCCGAAUGGUAGAAGAAGAAGUUGGCUUCCCAUAAAGCUCUUUCAUUUUUUAAGCCACCCGGUAACGAAGUAAAUCAAAAUUUAGCCAAUCGUGAAAUUUACUCCCUUUUCCUUGUACUGCUUACAAUCUGACCCAUCUGAAACUCCCGGUGGGUGUGCGUCGCGUGUGUGUGUUUAUAAGUGUUUUCUGAUGGAUACGUGUUUGAAAGCGGUUCUGUUCUAGCUGGCCUCAGCAACCAAACAAAAAAAAAAAGGAUAAAACGAAUGUAAAACCUCCAUUCUUGGUUGCUGAAAGGAGGCCUGCAGAGUGGCGUAAAAAGUUGAAAGUAAUCCGAAUCGCUUCAUUUUCGUCCUACCGCAUAAAAGGGGCCGCCGACUCCAAGCUGCGUUUUUUGUUGCUGUUGCUGUUGUACGGUUAUUUGAAGUGUGAGCUGCGUAGAGUUACAGGAUGGCGCAGGUGUGCAAGGCGGGCCGGAUGCUGUGCGUUUGACAUGCGGUGAGCGAGGAUCGGAAUCGCGUUCAACCGUGCGUUUUGGUGCGUGCCCGGUGAAAGUUAAAGCACCGGUGGCGAAUAGGCGAAAAUAAAUACCCAUACGAAAAAAGGGUAUAAUUUACACAAGCGACACAACGACACGAGCGAGCGAGAGAGAAACGGCAACAAAACAGAAAAUAGAUUGCCAGUUUUAUUGACUUCGACGGACCGGGUGAUUGGUUUUCUAGACAAGAGGGUUGCGUGGGAAAUUGAGCGGGGGAAGUGCAUUGAAGCGGAACGGGACGGAGAAAAUGCGUGACCAACAACGAGGCGCAGUGUAAAUGGUGAUCGACGUGCCUACGACAUCCUACGGACGCUGUUGACGGUGUCCAGCAUUACUUCGGUUGCGGCCGUCUAUCAUGAUGCUGAAGCGUGACCAGCGUUGAGCCGAGCGACGAGCGAACGAGAGCAAGAACCUUGAAGAAUGGUGCGGAAAAAUGCGUCCCACUCACAGCGGACCGUAUCGUUCCCAGGUUUGGGCCCGAACCCGGAGCAGGAGCAGGUUCACGAAUAAAUAAUAAUCCAUAAAUCAACUGCCAGGUCGGUGCAUGGAGCCCGUACCGUACCGAGGGCUUUUGUGUGUGUAAGCUGCAAAUGCACUUGUGGAGGAAUUGAAAGCAUAUGUAACACUUCCGUAACACUGACGUGCGGUGGACAAAACGAGAGCCAGACAACUUAUCCAAGGAAAUAGAGAAACUUCAGUAUAGUUUAGUCUGAACAGGUUUGAUUUGUUGAAGUUGCUGUAUUAUAAGAAGUUAGAUUAAGGAGUCUGUAUGCAGUGUGGAAAGCUAGUCUUGAGUAAUUCAACGCGUACAGACACAUUUAGUGAACUGUCAUGAGUGUUGUAAGUGACGUAUUGUUUCCGUGUGCCAACGUUGCAACCAGUGGACCGAAACCAUGGAUGGUGAAAAUCGCAUCAUACUCAACGUAGGAGGCAUCAGGUAUGAGACGUACAAGGCGACGCUGAAGAAGAUCCCGGCCACAAGACUUUCGCGGCUAACGGAGGCUCUGGCGAACUACGAUCCCGUCCUGAACGAGUACUUCUUCGACCGCCAUCCGGGGGUGUUUGCACAAGUCCUCAACUACUAUAGAACUGGAAAGCUGCACUAUCCGACCGAUGUCUGUGGGCCACUGUUUGAGGAGGAGCUGGAGUUUUGGGGUCUUGAUUCGAACCAGGUCGAACCGUGCUGCUGGUCGACGUACAGUGUGCAUCGUGAUACGCAGAGCACACUCGCGAUACUGGACAAAUUGGAGCUAGACGAUGAGCAACCGUCCGAGGAGGCGAUUGCGCGACUGUUUGGCUUCGAGGAGGCACUGCUAAACGGCGAGCUAACCUGCUGGCAGCGGACGAAACCGAAAAUCUGGGCCCUGUUUGAUGAACCAUCGAGUUCCACCGGUGCUAAGAUUGUAGCUGGAAUAUCGGUGUUCUUCAUCUGCAUCUCUGUGAUAUCCUUCUGCCUCAAGACGCACCCGGGCCUGCGGGUGGAAAUUCCGGCCAUCCUUAACAUCACGACCAACGGUAGCGUCGGCCCACUGCCCGACGUACCAUCCACCCUGGACGAUCUGCUCGACCACGGACGACUGGACGAACUUCUGCUGGACUAUGGGUCACCCACCAUCACCAGCACUAGCACCGCCAGCACCACCACAUCCACCACCACCAGCAGUGCCACCACCGAGAGCCAAUCUUCUCCACCGACACGCCCGGAAACGACCACUCAACGUACCGGCCGGAUCGUCUCAAGCGCCUACCGGAUGAACUCCGGCAAGGGAGCGAGCAUCGUGGAGAACUGGCAGGAAACGUACGGUCAACCGCACGAAGCAUUCUUCUACGUCGAGCUCGUCUGCAACGUGUGGUUCAUCAUCGAGCUGACCGUACGGCUAGUGGUGACCCCGAACAUUGUCGAGUUUAUCAAAUCGCCCGUCAACAUCAUCGACCUGGCGGCAACGCUAAGCUUCUACACCGACGUCUGCCAGCGGAUGGGUGAACAGACGGGUCUGCUGGAAGCGUUCUCGAUCGUGCGUAUCCUGCGGCUGUUCAAGCUGACGCGCCAUUCGCCCGGACUGCGCAUCCUGAUCCACACGUUCAAGGCGUCCGCCCGGGAGCUGACGCUGCUCGUGUUCUUCCUCGUGCUCGGUAUCGUGGUGUUUGCCAGCUUGGUGUACUACGCGGAAAAGCUGCAGGAUAACCCGGACAACCAAUUCAAGAGCAUUCCGCUCGGUCUGUGGUGGGCGAUCGUAACGAUGACCACGGUUGGGUACGGUGAUAUGGCGCCCAAAACGUACGUCGGGAUGUUUGUCGGUGCGCUCUGUGCGCUGGCCGGUGUGCUGACGAUCGCCCUGCCGGUACCAGUUAUCGUCAGUAAUUUCUCCAUGUUUUACUCGCACACGCAGGCUCGUUCAAAACUGCCGAAAAAGCGUCGCCGUGUGCUGCCGGUGGAGCAACCGCGAAGGAAGCGUGACAUGGGUGCGGCUAACCGGCGGGUAAAUGCGCUCAAACACCAACACACCCAACCGACCCAUCCCGCCAUCUUUAAGGAUGCUUUCGGUGGGGCGAAAAUCGGUCACGUGAAUGGCGUCAAUGUGAUAGGACUCACCCUUCAAGGACCUUCCGUACCAGGGCUAGCAGUCCUCAAGCCACCUUCCGUACUACAGCAGGGUGAUUUCAUCAACGUGCCACAGCUGAGCUCACUGCAGCCGCGCCAACCGACGACCGGAAAUGUGGAUUUAUUGCUACCAUUACAGCCGAAAUUGCUCGUUCCGCUGGCAGUCGAGCGACGGGAAUCAAAACCGGAAGAAAUGAUCCCACUGGAACCGAAAGUCACCUUACAGAGCGACCCGAACGGUGUGUCCGGCAGCAAUACGCCUGGGGAUGAAUGUUAAACGCCUGGCAGCACGCUUUCCUCCUGAUGCGCACACUAAGGGACACAGGCACGGUGUGAGUGUCCUGGAAAAUUGAGAAACGAAAGGAUUUUGAUUAGAUUUGUAAAAGUUGUAAGUUUGGGAAGUGAACAGUCAUCGGGAAAAAAACUUUUCUGAAAAGUAAAGCGAAAGAAAUCUGGCAGCAAGUCGUAGAAAAAAAGGAUGUAUGUAUGUACUCAAAUAAAGGAACUAAGCAGGGAUAUGAAAUAGAAGCUAAAUAAACACUUAAAGAAAUGUAAGGCAAAUAAUAAAAAUGCAUUAAAGUUUGUCGCAAUCCACUUCACGUCAGAGAGAGGCUAGAGUUGAAAGUUUUCUUUUUUUUACUAGGGAAUUGUGCGACCUUUUUGCUAGCAGAGAUCGUAAACGGGAGCACAAUUUAGUGGUAAACGAACCGUUUUUGUCAUACAAAGACGCGUGUGUUGGACGAGUUGAGUUUGCAUCGUAAAGGGAGAUUAAGCUUUGUGCCAAGCGCAUCAUAAGUAAAUUAGCUAGUGAAUAGUUGUUUAAUUGGAUAACGUUGUUGUGCUCAACUUUUAUACGACCGUGUGUGUGUGUGUGUGUGUGCAUAUGCCAUAAAAUGAUGAGUUGAAGUAUAGAAUCAAAAUGGAAACAGAUUUCAAAACGUGGGUUGGAAGAAGCAGCGUGAUAAAGCGGUUGAACCACGACCAUGAGCGAAAAAAACGCUUCUCCAGUGCGGGAAGUGACGUGUGUUAGUGAAACAAUACAAUGUAUCUGUAUGAAUGUAUGCCAACAUUAAAUGUUCUGAAUUGGUUGAAAAAGAUAAACCAAGCAGAAGAACAACCAACAGAAAGUCCCAACUUGAAACAAACUUCAACCGUCUAUGUCAAAAUGUCCACAAUUAUCGAUGUCCAGCAAAGGAAAACUGAAGAACGGAAAAUACAUUUCACAUUUAAAUGUGAAUUGGUGAGGGAAAGAGGGAAACCACAUUACAACAAGCUUUAAGAAAACAUACAACGGUGUGAAACGAGGUUUUAAAACACGAGGAAUCGAAUGACUGGAGCGGUUUAGUGAAAUGAAUCUGCAACCAAUCUACUCUUAAAUUUAACCGAACCAAAAGGAAGAAAAGAAAGAUGAGGAGCAGUUUAAACAAUUAUUCAACUUCAAAAGAAGACUUUCUGAUGCUAUUCUCCCUCAACAUUCAUAAAAACGGUCAAUGAAACAGUAGAGCAACAAUUGGAAUCAAUUUCUGAUCGGUUUCAAAUCGACAAAACGUCAAGCAGAACGUUGUGAGGCGCUACAAGUUUCUGUUCAGUAGACAAACUUCUUCAAAGACUAUCUCCUUUCUUCAUUAAACAUGUAAAUCUUACACUCAGAAAGGAUUGAUUUAACUGGAAAACUAAACUUGUUUAUUAAUGUUAAACGAACCACAGCGACAAGAGGAAAGCAGUGAAGGAAAACUAUAUGUGUCAAGACAAUUAAGCUGUUAUGUUUAGUGAAAAUGAGACCAGAAAUAUAUUUGUGCGGUUUUAAACGAGCCA